AGUAAAGAAUUAAUUAUUAAUUAAUAUAAUAAUAAUAAUACAUAAAUAUCAACAAAAGAUUAUUACUUUUUUCUCUGGGCAUCUUUCUCCAUCUGUCUCUGUCCAUAUUAGACUACUGUAUGUGGAUGGAUGAACAAACUGUGAAGAAAAGUAGUGUUGGGAGGGUAGAUGAGGAUUGUGAUUUUGGAGGGGUGUUUUGUAUAAAAGUCCACCGCCAUUUUCUUGAUUGUGAUGUUUUUCUUUUAUCUCCCACUAAAUGGGUUUCAUUUUGACUUUGAGUUUGGGGUGUGUUUUUGCACAAUCUCUGGCAUGAGACGCUUUCUUCAAUUAUUGACUUGGAAAAGAAUCGCCAUUCAUUCCAGUCUCCUCCCUUCUCUUGCUUUAAUUUAAGGGAUUCAAGAUGGACAGACUAAGGCCUUAUGGAUUUGUUUUUGUUGUGGCAUUUGCUUGCUUUCUGAAGCUUGUGGUUGCUCAAGUUACUGACCCGGCUGAAGUCUCGGCAUUGACAACAGUGAAGAGUAGUUUGAUUGAUGGCGUGAAGAAUCUUAAGAAUUGGAAGAAGGGAGAUCCUUGCACGUCAAACUGGACUGGAGUUAUUUGUUUCCCUGCAGCUAGAGAUGACGAUGGCUACUUUCAUAUCAGGGAGAUUCAUCUAAUGAACAUGAAUCUGUCUGGAAAUUUAGCACCGGAGCUGGGAUUAUUUUCUCAUCUUCUAAUUUUAAAUUUCAUGUGGAAUGAGUUGACUGGUAGUAUACCAAAGGAGAUAGGAAACAUCAAAUCUUUGAGACUACUGCUUCUAAAUGGGAACAAUUUGUCCGGAUCUUUGCCUGAUGAGCUUGGCUAUCUUCCAAAGCUAAAUAGAUUUCAGAUAGACCAGAACCAGAUAUCUGGAGUAAUACCAAAAUCCUUUUCAAAUUUGAAUAGUAUCAGACAUAUCCACUUCAACAAUAACUCACUCAUUGGUGAAAUCCCUCCUGAGUUGUCCAAUUUGUCAACUCUUAUUCACUUGCUAUUGGACAACAAUAAUCUUUCAGGAAAUCUUCCACCUGAGUUGUCAAAACUUGCUGACUUGCGAAUACUGCAACUUGAUAAUAAUAAUUUCAGUGGUUCUGAGAUUCCAAUUUCAUAUGGAAACUUGCCAAAACUAGCCAAGUUGAGUCUAAGGAAUUGCAGCUUGCAAGGAAUCAUCCCUGAUCUUAGCAGAAUUCCGACCCUAUACUAUCUAGAUCUCAGCUGGAAUCUCCUCUCUGGAUCUAUACCGUUGGAAAAGCUCUCCAACAAUAUGACAAAUAUUAUUCUGUCAAACAAUCGUCUUAAUGGAUCUAUCCCUGGGAGUUUCUCAAAUCUUCCUUAUCUCCAAAGACUGUCACUUGAGAACAACCUUUUGAGUGGUUCAUUUGCCACCGACAUUUGGAAAAACAAGUCCUUUAGCACAAAUUCCAGACUCAAGAUUGAUCUUCGAAAUAAUGUGCUUUCAAACAUUCUAGGAGAUCUUGAUCCUCCCGUGAACGUCACUUUAAGGCUUCAAGGGAAUCCCAUCUGCAACAACGCAAGUAUGAGAAACAUUGGCCAAUUUUGUGGACCUGGAAGUGGAGGAAACGAUGAGCAUAAUCCUAUGACAAAUUCAAGUGUUACAUGUCCUAUUGGAGCUUGCCCAACUGACAACUAUUACGAAUAUGUCCCUGCGUCACCUACCGCAUGCUUCUGUGCCUCGCCUCUAAGAAUUGGAUAUCGACUUAAAAGUCCUAGCUUUUCUUACAUGACUCCAUUUUUUGAUCAAUUUGAGCUCUAUGUAACUCGUGCUCUGCAUCUAGAACCAUAUCAAUUGUUCAUCGAUUCGUGUUCCUGGGAAGAAGGACCUCGCCUCAGGAUGUAUUUGAAGCUUUUCCCUAUGGUUGGUAGCAUCCACACAUUUAAUGAAAGUGAGGUUCUCCGCAUCAGAGACAUUUUUGCUGAUUGGGGUUUUCCUGGAACCGACUUUUUUGGACCUUAUGAACUCCUUAAUUUCACUCUACUUGGGCCAUACUCGUAUCUCAAUUUUGAUUCUGAAGGCAAAGGUACGAAGAAGGGUGUGCUUAUAGCUUGUAUUGCUGCCGCUGCUAUUGUUGCUGCAAUAAUUUCCACUAUUACUACUAUUAUAAUUAUAAGACGGCAUGCUAGACGUCAAAGAAACCUGUCGAGGAAACGCUUUUCCUCAAAGCUCUAUAUCAAAAUCGAUGGUGUUAAAAGCUUCAGCUUUAAAGAAAUGGCAUUGGCGACUAACGAUUUUGAUAGCUCAACUCAAGUCGGCGAAGGUGGUUAUGGAACCGUUUACAAGGGAAAUUUAGCUGACAAAUCAGUUGUAGCUAUCAAGAGAGCAAAAGAAGGAUCCUUACAAGGACAAAAGGAAUUCUUGACGGAAAUCGAAUUGUUGUCAAGGUUGCAUCACCGCAAUCUAGUUUCACUCGUUGGAUACUGCGAUGAAGAAGAGGAGCAGAUGCUAGUUUAUGAGUUCAUGCCCAAUGGUACGCUACGAGAUUGGCUUUCUGCCAAAUGCAAGCAAAAUUUGAUGUUUGGAGCAAGAUUACUCAUAGCGCUAGGUGCAGCUAAGGGUAUCCUAUACCUGCACACUGAAGCUCACCCGCCAAUAUUCCACAGAGAUAUCAAAGCCAGCAAUAUUCUCCUAGACUCUAAACUCACAGCUAAAGUUGCAGAUUUUGGAUUGUCGCGGCUCGCCCCUGUCCUGAAUGAUGAAGGGAUGUUACCCGAUCACGUAUCAACCAUUGUCAAGGGAACACCGGGUUACCUUGAUCCCGAGUAUUUCCUGACGCGCAAAUUGACAGACAAAAGCGAUGUUUACAGCCUCGGGGUUGUGUUCUUGGAGAUCUUGACAGGCAUGCGUCCGAUAUCGCAUGGAAAAAAUAUUGUUCGCGAGGUGAACUUGGUUCAUGAAUCUGGCACACUGUUCUCCAUUGUGGACAGCAGAAUGGGUUCUUUCCCCUCAGAAUGUGCAGAAAGAUUCGUGGCAUUGGCGCUGCGGUGUUGCAGUGAGAAGCAGGACGAGAGGCCGUCGAUGCAUGAUGUUGUGAGGGAGCUGGAGACCAUACUGGGCAUGAUGCCAGAAGAAGAAGUUGACACACCAAAAUCAAACUUCAAGUUUGAUGGAAUAAUGGCAUCAUCGUUUUCUAAUACUGGUAAAGUUCAAACGGGAUCAUCAUCCAACGUUUUCGGGAGCGAUCUUGUCAGUGGUACUACAUUAUCCAUCACGCCUCGCUAACUAACUUCACUGAACUUAAACCUUGUACAUCAAAAUAUAGGUAGAAAAUUAGGAUAAUGUCACAACUGCUGCAAUAGAGUGUGUUCUGUUCCCCUUUUUUUUUUGCAAACUAGUUAUGGAGUGACACGUAGACGCUUAUUCUCUCUUUUUAAUCCAAUUUUUACUCCAUAUUGUUGUGA